CAUUGCUUUCACUGUGAGCUCUGCAUUGGAUGCUGCACCUUUUACCAAUCACGAAUCAUCACUGCUACGUUUUUUCUUUCUUUCUCUCAUUUUCGGUACACCCCUUUUGGAAAUGCCAAUGCCUCUAAAGGAUGACUUUUGAGGAACAAUAUGACAAAACAGAAAGUAAACAUAAUACUGCCUCCUACUUCCUUUCCAUUCUAAUCAAUAUUACUAUUUUCGUUUUAAAAUAAUAAUAGUAACCCUUUCUCCCUUUCUGUCAUUCACAAAGAAAAAAAACAUCAAAAUUUACAGCUGAACAUAUUAUGGACCACCUCAUUUGACUUAACCGAAUAGAACCUGGCAGUAUCUGCAGGCACAUUUUUCAGUGCAAGUUUCUCAGUGUCCGCUUCUGAUUUAGUUCUUUUCCCUCUCUUUUUUUCUAAGACAUUGGAGGUAAGCUGUUGGUGUCUUUGUCUGCCAAAAGCACCCCUGUAGUGGUUGGUCUGAGCGUCAGAAUUUCACCACCACCUGGUUCUCUGCUGGAAGAUGCAACGCAUUUUCUGUUUGGUGUCUCUGUUUUCUCUGUUUUUCCUCUUUCUGUCCCGACCCAAUGCAGAACCCACAGAAGACAAGCAAGCACUGCUUCAUUUAGUGGAAAAGUUGGCUCCUUCAAGACCCCUCAAUUGGAACGCAACCUCUUCUCCUUGUACCUCUUGGACCGGUGUAACCUGCAACUCUGACCACUCACGAGUUAUAGCCAUUCACUUGCCAGGCUUUGGCUUUCACGGAACCAUUCCUCCCAAUACGUUAAGCCGUGUUACGUGCUUGCAGACACUCAGUCUCAGAUCUAACUCCAUAACCGGUCCUCUCCCUUCUGAUCUCUCCAACCUCUCAGACCUUUCCUUUCUCUACCUUCAGUUCAACAAUUUCUCUGGUCCCUUACCUGACUUCUCUGUCUGGAGUAACCUCUCUGUUGUCGACCUGUCCAAUAACUGUUUCACCGGCACCGUUCCUCUCUCCCUCUCCAAUUUGACUCACCUAACUGCCAUCAAUCUCGCCAACAACUCGCUUUCUGGCCAAAUCCCUCUUUCUCUCCACAGGUUUCCAGACUCGGCUUUCGUGGGAAACAAUGUCUCUCUCCAGACAGUUUCACAUUCCAAAUCUGCGAAACACGGUGAAACUGCGCUGUUUUGGGUUGUUAUUGCUGCUGCUUCUGUUGCUCUUGCAGCUUUCUUUGUUUUUAUCUUUGUGUGCUGGUCCAGAAAGAAGAAAGGAGAUUCCUUUACUCGGAAGAUGCUGAAGGGAGAUAUGUCUCCGGAAAAAGUAGUUUCCAGGGACCUUGAUGCGAAUAAUAAGAUCUUUUUCUUUGAGGGGUGUAGCUAUGCGUUUGACUUGGAGGAUUUGUUGAGGGCUUCUGCUGAGGUACUUGGGAAGGGGACGUUUGGUGCUGCAUAUAAGGCUGCGUUGGAGGAUGCUACCACUGUUGUUGUGAAGAGGCUGAAGGAAGUGGCUGUUGGAAAGAGGGACUUUGAGCAGCACAUGGAGGUUGUGGGGAAUCUCAAACAUGAGAAUGUGGUUCAGCUAAAGGGGUAUUACUAUUCCAAAGAUGAGAAACUCAUGGUCUAUGAUUACUACACUCAAGGGAGCCUCUCUACUUUGUUGCAUGGUAAAAGAGGAGAGGAUAGGGUGCCUUUAGAUUGGGAGAGUAGAAUGAAAAUUGCUCUGGGUGCUGCACGAGGCCUUACUCGCAUCCAUUGCGAGAAUGGGGGGAAGCUUGUGCAUGGCAACAUCAGAUCCUCAAAUAUCUUUGUGAAUACUACACAAUAUGGUUGCAUAUCUGAUCUUGGCCUGGCAACCAUCAUGAGUUCAGUUGCCAUACCCAUCUCACGAGCCGCUGGUUACAGAGCACCAGAAGUCACAGACACUAGAAAAGCAACGCAGCCUGCUGAUGUUUACAGUUUUGGUGUGGUGUUGCUGGAGAUUCUCACUGGGAAAUCCCCUGUAUACACCACUGGUGGCGACGAGAUUGUGCACUUGGUGAGAUGGGUUCAUUCGGUUGUCAGAGAGGAGUGGACAGCAGAAGUGUUCGACUUGGAGCUGAUCAGAUAUCCCAACAUAGAGGAAGAGAUGGUUGAAAUGUUACAGAUAGCCAUGUCUUGCGUGGUGAGGGUUCCUGAUCAGAGGCCUAAGAUGUUGGAAAUUGUAAAAAUGAUAGAAAAUGUGAGGCAGAUUGAUAUAGCCACCAUGACUCAGCAACCAUCAUCUGAGAACUAAGCCAAAUGUGCAACACAAACCCCUUUAACCACUUAGAAUCGAUUCCCUCUGCGUGAUAUUUUGACAAUUUACUCCUUUUCUAUCUCUACAUAAAAAAAGAAAUCAAUUAUCUGCUUCUAGUUGAUUUGAGUGUAUUUGAAAAUGUUUUGUUCCAAAUUCUGAACAACCCUAGUAAUUAUUGCUCAGCACAUUUGCUUCUAUCAGACAAAAGCCAAACUAAUUUAACUGAUUUCUUUAUGAUCUUAA